GAGAUUUAUUGCCAAACAUCCCUAACACAUUUCAAACGCACUCUUGCGCCUCGGUCUCAACCUAUAAAACCACCCAGCCUCUCUUCUUGGUACCUGUAGCAAUUCGGCUCAUCACGAUGGCUCAAAGCCUCUAUACAAUCUCAACACGCGACUUGAGCUCGCUCCAACCUUUAGCCUCUUUCUAUAGCCAGAACAGACGAAGAAUCAUCAAUGCUAUUCCUUCUCCAUUUUUCAGUAUUUCACGGUUGUCCACUAGGUGUGCUGUUCGUUUCCGGCCUUGCAUUGAUAUACACAAGGGGAAAGUGAAACAGAUUGUUGGUUCAACCCUUCGGGAUUCUAAGGAGGAUGGGUCAAUUCUCGUGACCAAUUUUGAAUCAGAUAAGUCAGCCGCUGAGUUUGCAAAUUUAUACAAAGAAGAUGGACUUGCAGGUGGUCAUAUCAUCAUGCUUGGAGCAGAUCCUUUGAGUAAACGUGCAGCCAUUGAAGCAUUGCGUGCUUAUCCUGGCGGUCUGCAAGUUGGAGGCGGGAUCAAUUCUGAAAAUUCUUUGAGUUACAUAGAGGAAGGAGCUUGCCAUGUCAUUGUCACAUCAUAUGUAUUCAGCAAUGGAGAAAUGGAUCUUAAAAGCCUUAAAGACCUUGUUCAUGUUGUUGGAAAGCAGAGGCUUGUCUUGGACCUUAGCUGCAGAUGGAAGGAAGGCAAAUAUGCAAUUGUGACUGAUAGAUGGCAGAAGUUUACUGAUGUAUAUCUUGAUGGUAAAAUAAUGGAGUUUCUAGCCAGCUAUGCAGACGAGUUUCUGGUCCAUGGUGUUGAUGUUGAAGGGAAAAAGCUGGGAAUUGAUGAUGAACUUGUGGCAUUGCUUGGGAAGCAUUCACCUAUCCCAGUGACUUAUGCUGGUGGUGUGACCGGAAUGGCUGAUCUCGAAAGGAUUAAGGAGGCAGGGAUGGGAGUUGUGGAUGUUACCGUGGGCAGCGCUUUGGAUAUAUUUGGGGGCAACUUGGCUUACAAAGACGUCGUUGCUUGGCAUUCCCAGCAGGAGGCUUUUACAGUUUAGUUCCUUCAAUUGUUUCGUUAGCGUAUGCUUCACUUCCGUGUUUAGCUUCUACGGUUUCAUAAGCUUUGUAUGCCAAGAGAAUUAGGCUGUAACUGACGAGACUAGAGAAAUCAUUCCCCCCUCCCCCUUCCCCUUUUCA